AUGUCUGUCCGAGCGGUUUUCGAGCGUGGUGCCCAGGCUCAUUCUGACUUCAUUGUCGGUAUCUUCUACGGUAAAGCCCCGUAUUAUGGUAAGAUUUGGGGAGUGCUCAAUUUUAUUUGGGGUAAGGACCAGAAGGUUGGCGUUCAUUAUCUAACAGCCAACGCUUAUCUAUUUCGAAUCUCCUCGGCGUUACUCCGGAGAAAGAUCCUAAGGCAUGAGCUUUGGCGUGUGGGUGAUUCUCCGUUCUUUGUUACUGAAUGGAAAGCGUCGUUUAGCACAGACCCUCCAUCUCUUAACAGAGCUCCAGUAUGGGCAACACUCUCGCAAGUCCCCUUUGAUCUCAUCACUGAUGAAGGCAUGGGUAUUAUCUCUAAGCCUCUUGGAGUUAUUGUUGAUGCAAAACCCUUCUCUAGCAUCUCUUCAGUGGAAAUCAAGGUCAUUGUUGACCUCACUAAGAGGCUUCCUAGUUCCGUAGAAAUCGAGAGGGAAAAUGGAAGUGUGGAUACCCUUACUGUUAUCUACCCUUGGCUGCCCCCGUUAUGUUCUUCUUGUGGUGAGUUCGGGCACAAAGUCUCCUUCUGUCCUCUGUUGGAGACACCCCCGAAGCAGAAUAAACAAAAAUCUCAUACUAAGGCUCCUAAACAGCGUAAGGAUAAGCAAGUCCAAACUUCAGUUACCCCUGCAAAGGAAGUUGUUGGGCAUUCUGGUUUGCAGCAGCGAACUAAACCGACCCAAAACUGUCCCCUCAAUCCUGAGGUCUCUGGUGUCUAUCAUUCGUUAGUCAAGGAGCUCUCUGCUAAGACAGUAGAAGAGCUCCCUGCCCUUCAUGUCACUUCAACUGAUUCUUUGCUUCCGGUCUCGGAAGUUCGGCAAGAGCCAGAUGUUUUUGAGGUUCCUUUCACCCCUGUUACCAAUGCGUUUAAAGGUCGCGUGUUAGACAUUUCCCCAGCCAUUGGUACCUCAACUUCCAAUGCGUUCAAUCUGUUGAGUUCUGACACAGAGCCCGGUGUGUAUUCAGAAGCCCCUCAUGAGGGUUCUGGUUCUGAUCGUGAAGAUUUGGAUUUUAAUGGGGAUGAGACGGCCCUGUCACUAGUCAAAGUUCAAGUUACGCUAGAAUCGGGAAUCUCUUUUGUUUAUUCUGCUGUUUAUGCUUCAAUUGAGGUUGACGAAAGGAGGGAUCUCUGGUCUUCUCUUCAAGACACCCUUGUCUCUUUUGGUUUGGACUCCAAGCCUUGGACGGUGGUGGGUGAUUUUAACGAAUCUUUGGGGCCACAUGAAUCCUCUAACGUGGCUUGUGUGUCUUCUACUUCCUCAAUGCGUGAGUUUGGUGAAGUUCUCUGUCAACUGGGUCUUGUGGAUUUACCAUCACAGGGGCCUCGUUUUACUUGGUCCAACCACCAGCCGUCGACGCCAAUUGCCAAGCGUUUGGAUCGGUGUUUGGUAAAUAAUGAAUGGUUAGCUCAGUUUCCUACGGCUCACUGCUCAUUUGAUCCGCCUGAUUUUUCGGAUCAUACUCCUUGUCACAUCAGGUUAUCAUCUCCUCCACCAUCGUUUGGCACCAAAGCAUUCAUGUUUAAUUGUGCUUUACUAUCGCUUCCUUCCUUCUUGCCUACCAUUCGGUCGGCUUGGGAGGAAUUGGAUUCUGGUAAUGGUCUUCUCUCUGGGUUAUGUUUUAAAUUAAAGAAGAUUAAGAUGGUGGUCAGGGACAUUGCCAAGGAAAAUUUCAGCCAUAUUGAGAAGAGAGUCCUUCAGGCAGAGGAUGAUCUCCGAGUGUGUCAGAUUAAAUCUUUUGAUGAUCCUACGCCAGAUAAUUUCGAAAAUGAGCGUAAAAUAAGGCUCUCUGGAUCUCUCUUAGGUUGGCUGAGGAAUGCUUCUUCCGCCAAAGAUCUCGAAUUAAAUGGUUAG